AAGUGGAUCUGAAAGAAGCAUUUCAAACACAGUACUUCGCUUGCCCCAACUUCUAGGUAGCCAUGGCAAUCUCCAUGCGCUUCUUGGCAAAGGCUUCCCAGAGCUUCGAGAGUAUUGUGUCGCAUGCGCCUUCCCCAAAGGCCUUGCGCACACCGAAGACUCCCAAAACUCCGAAGACACCAAUGAGCCCAUUUGGCAUCAGUCCACUUGCUUCCUUGAACCGUGUGAACUUCUUUCCUGAAGAUGUGGAAAAGGUGGUAAAGCGCACUCCCAAAGUUCCAGCUCGCUCCGUCCACUUUGCGAAUGGGGGUUGGGUUGGGAAUGCUACUCGUCUUCUUGGAGGUCGAUUGCAAGCAGAGGCCGAAGCUUCCAGUCCAAUCACAGACCUCACAACUGCAGCCUCAGCAACCAGAGAUGCAGUGCGAGCUCGUUUGGCAAGGCAGGAGCAGAGGGCUGCUCCUCUGGCAAGUGAAGCAGGAAUCCCAACCCUUCCCAUGCUGCUAGGACAGCGUGCACCUCUUAGUUCUGUUGGGCAACGAUUGGAUGUUGUGGAUGAAGAGUCGUGUGCAUAUGCGGCUCGCAAGGCCUGUUUGGAACAGAGGGAGAGAAGGGCAAGCCGGGCCAUGGUGGAUUUCGUGGUUUGAAAGAGCCUUUGAUGUCAUGUACAGCCUAGUGAAGUCUUUUGAGCGAGCAAAGUCAACCUCAAUGCUUCUUAUCUACAUUUAUGAUCUUGUACAGAUGGAGCUUUAGCAUUCCGAUGCGCUGCUUAGGGCUGAGACUAGAGUUGUGCAGAGCCACAUUCAACUGGUGUCAGCCUGUCGCUCCCACUUCGAACUUCUGAACCUGAAAUCGAUUUUUCC